GCAAUGAAGAGGGAAGGAGAACGAGGGGAAAGAAGGGAGAAGAGAAGAAAAGAAGAGAAGGAGGAGAAGCCUGAGGCUGAGUUGAAAGACCCGGAAAAUGAACCAGGGAAUAUAAUGAGAAAAGAAUUUAUUUAACAAACACAGACAACUCUGAACAGACAUUCAGACGGAGAAACGAAAGAAAGAUGGCACUCUUCCCAACCUUCAGGCUGCCUCCAGGGCUGAACCGGCUGACCUGGAGACAACUCUUCCUGCUCUGCCUGCUGAUCUCUGGGCUUCUGUAUUUCCUGAGGUUGCGGCGGCCAUCAGCGACUAUCAGGUCUGUCUGGGGUUUCCGCUCAGGGAAAGGUCACGACCCCUCGCUUCGCCCUACAAGGACAAUUUGGGGGGCGCCUAUGGUGUGGGGGGACAGCGAAUCUGCGGGGCGCCAAAGGGCGGAGUUCGCCCAGCGCUCAUUCCGCGUGGGGCUGAUGGUGCUCGCCGUGGGCCGCUACACACACCAUCUCACGCGCUUCCUCGAAACGGCCGAGAUUUACUUCUUGCCCGGCCUGCCCGUCAACUACUACGUCCUGACGGACAACCCCGGCAAGCUCGUCCCGGCCCCCGAGCUGGGCGAGGGACGCGACCUUCGGGUGGUGCCCGUGGCCGAGACGCCGGGCUGGGAGCGCUUGGCGCGUCGACGCAUGGACCUGUGGGCCUCCACCAUCGACAACCAGGCCCAGCAAGAGGUGGACUACAUUUUCUGCGCCGACGUGGACCAAGAGUUCGCCAACGUCGUGGGCACGGAGAUCCUGGGGAAACUGGUGGCCACUCUGCACCCGCAGCACUACGCCCGGCCCGCCUACGCGUACCCGUACGAGAGGAGCUCGGACUCGCGGGCCUGCGUCCUGGACGAGGAGGGCGACUACUACUACACCUCGGAGCUGUACGGCGGCCUGUGCUCGGAGGUGCUGACCCUGGCCAAGGUCUGCUCCCAGCUCAUCCUCCAGGACCACGCCCUGGGCGUGGAGGCCCGCGAGCUGGAGGAGAGCUACCUGAACCGGUACCUGAUCGACAAGAGGCCCACCUGCGUGCUCUCGCCGGAGUACAGCUGGUGGGAUUCCCCGGUGACGCCGCCAGUCCCUCAGAAGAGGCUCAUCUCGCUGGGGAGGCAGUGCGCCUCGCUCAAGAACCAGGGGAAGAGCUCUCUCAACUGCUAGGAGACGAAGGGCGAGACAGGAAAUGGGAGGAGCAGAGAUGAAAGAAGCAGGGAGGAGAUGACUGGAAGGAGAAGUGUGGAGAAGGAAGAGGAGUUAAAUGCUAAUAACUACUUUGUGUAAAAUCUCAACCAUUCAGCCUGUGGAUUUUUAUACACUCUUUUCUGAAUAUUUUGCCAGCAUUAAGUUGAAUACAACUCUAACGCAAGAUAUUUUGCUAAAGGGGAAGAGAGGGAAAGAGAGGGAGUAUUAUUUUGAAGUUAAAAGGAACACUGACUGCACGUAAUUGCUCUGUUAACAAAAAUGCCUGUCAGCAUACACUACUAAUCGCAAGCAGCUAUCCAGUUCUUUUGAUCUGUCAUAUGUCAAUUACACAGUUCUUUAAAAAAUUGUUUUGUAACCCAAAU